UACUCUUUUUCCCUCUCCCUCACUCAGGACUACAUGACGCUUCCUUAUGGAGCAGCAUUGGCCAUGGCCAGAAAUGCUAAUGUUCCAAACCAAGGUCAGGCUCAUAAUAUUCAGGACCUAGCUCCAGUAGUUGUUCAAAACCAGCCUCAACCUGUUGUUAAUGUUCCAAACCAUCCUCAACCUGUGGUUAAUGUUCCAAACCAACUUGCUGUUAAUGUUCCAAACCAUCCUCAACCUGUGGUUAAUGUUCCAAACCAACUUGCUGUUAAUGUUCCAAACCAACUUGUUGUUAAUGUUCCAAACCAGCCUCGAAUUCGUCCACAAAAUUGGACAACUAGGGAAGAAAACCUCCUUUUAACUGCUGCCAAUCACUACCAAUACAUUCAAUCGGUUCAGCUGAGGUUUGAAACCAUAAAACUGGAUGAACAGUUUUCUAAUACUUUUACUCAUCGGUCCUGGAAAGCGCUUGCUACUAAGUAUAGUAAAUUGGUAAAGGAAGGCAGGGUUUAUGUUCCUCAGCUGGACAAUGCUCAACAGCAUAAUGUUGGUCCACAUGCUCAGCAAAAUGCAGGUGGAUCCACCUGUUGA